GCCGCGCCGCGAUCCUCCGGUGGUCUAGUUUACGUCGCGAUCUGUCUCGCCCCGUCGCGUCAACGAAUCCUCCUCGCCCCUUCGUGCCCUUCGCGACCGCGUCGAGUCCCAGCAGCCCCCGCGCGACCCGCCGUCGACGAGAUGAUCGCGCGAGCGAGCGCGCUGUGCGUCGCGUUGCUGAUCGGUGUCCUCGUGAAAUCGGAGCCACGCCCGCGGCCCACGCCGAUCUACACCAAUCAAUUUGCGGUCCACGUGCCGGACGGGAAGGAGGCUGCAGCCGAUGUCGCCGCGACACACGGGUUCGACAAUUACGGACAGAUCGGAGCACUCAGGGAGUACUUCCUAUUCGCCGAUAAACGGCUGCACAAGAGAUCUCUAUCGAGCAGCGAGCCGCAUCACAGAUCGCUGCGGGAUGAGCCGAGGGUGCGAUGGUUCCAGCAGCAGCACGAGAAGAGGCGCAAGAAGAGGGACUUCGUGCCCACGUCGUUCGCGUUCGGCGAUUACCCGGCGUUUUUCGACGAGUUCGGCCCCCGUGCUAGGCAGGCCACGUACCACCGACAAAGAAACAGGGAGAUACCCUUCCAGAACCUGUUCACGGAUCCGCUCUUUAAGGAACAGUGGUACCUGAACGGCGGUGCCAAAGAUGGCUACGACAUGAACCUCGGCCCAGCGUGGCAGAAGGGCUACACCGGCAAGGGUGUCGUCGUGUCGAUCCUGGACGACGGCAUACAAACGAAUCAUCCCGACCUGGCACUGAAUUACGACCACCAGGCCAGCUGGGAUAUCAAUGACAACGACAACGACCCGAUGCCAAGGGACAACGGCGACAACAAGCACGGGACUCGGUGCGCCGGCGAGGUCGCGGCCGUUGCUUUCAACCAAUACUGCGGCGUCGGCGUCGCCUACAAUGCCAGCAUCGGAGGCGUGCGAAUGCUCGAUGGCCCGGUAAACGACGCUGUCGAAGCCAGAGCACUGGGAUUGAAUCCUGAUCACAUCGAUAUAUACAGCGCUUCUUGGGGCCCCGAAGAUGAUGGCAAAACCGUCGACGGACCCGGCCCUCUCGCCCGCAGGGCGUUCAUUUAUGGUGUAACCAGCGGUCGCAAAGGCAAAGGCUCGAUCUUCGUGUGGGCCUCGGGGAACGGGGGUCGGCACACGGACUCGUGCAACUGCGACGGUUACACGAACAGCAUCUUCACGUUGUCGAUCUCGAGCGCGACGCAGGGCGGCUACAAGCCGUGGUACCUGGAAGAGUGCAGCUCGACGCUGGCCUCGACGUACUCCUCGGGGACGCCGGGCAACGACAAGAGCGUCGCGACGGUGGACAUGGACGCGAAGCUGCGUCCGGAUCACAUUUGCACCGUCGAGCAUACCGGAACCUCCGCAUCGGCCCCGUUGGCGGCCGGCAUCGCCGCGCUGGCGCUCGAGGCGAAUCCGAGCCUCACCUGGAGGGACAUGCAGUACCUGGUGGUGCUCACCUCCAGGUCCGGCCCCCUAGAGAAGGAGCCCGGCUGGAUCCUGAACGGCGUCAAGCGGAAGGUGUCCCACAAAUUCGGUUACGGGCUGAUGGACGCCGGCGCCAUGGUCAGCCUCGCCGAACAAUGGACCAACGUGCCCCCGCAGCAUAUCUGCAAGUCAGACGAGAUCAACGAGGAGAGGCGGAUCGAUCCCACCUACGGGUACACGCUCAGCGCGUACAUGGAUGUCACGGGGUGCGCUGGCUCGCUCAACGAGGUUCGGUUCCUCGAACAUGUGCAGUGCAAGGUCUCGCUAAGAUUCUUCCCACGAGGUAAUUUGAGAUUGCUGUUGACCUCGCCGAUGGGCACAACAUCGACCUUGCUGUUCGAGAGGCCACGGGACGUGCUCAGCGCGAACUUCGAUGAUUGGCCGUUCCUCAGCGUGCACUUCUGGGGUGAAAAGGCGGACGGCAGAUGGACCCUACAGAUCAUCAAUGCCGGGAAUCGACACGUCAACUCGCCAGGUAUCCUGAAGAAAUGGCAACUGAUCUUCUACGGCACGGCGACAAAUCCCAUCAGGAUCCGAACACGACAGUUUAACCCGGUACACGCGCAUUCUUCGUACGCCUCCGUGCAUUACCCAUUCCAUGUAGACGAUGCUCCACUAUCGCUGGGCCAUCGCGGCGACGCCGACUUCUUUCCUUCCUCUACCUUUCAGGGCUACCAGGGCCCGUACGUCGGCGCCGCCUCCAACGUCCAAGCGUCCGUGGCGACUCUCGACGGCUCCUCGGCCCCUAUCCUGACUAACCGACUUCCCGGGGACACGUCCUCCGCAUUCGGCUCGCCGCCGUCCUCGUCGCAAGUCGGGGACGACUCGCUGGACGCCACCAGAAAGAUAUUGCACGACUGCGACCCGCAGUGCGACCCCCAGGGCUGCUACGGCAAAGGCCCCACGCAGUGUAUCGCUUGUAAAAAUUAUCGACUCGACAACACGUGCGUGAGUCGCUGCCCACCGAGGAGCUUCCCGAACCAAGGCGGCGUCUGCUGGCCUUGCCAUGAGUCCUGCGAAAUCUGCGCCGGUGCUGGCCAGGACUCUUGCCUCUCCUGCGCACCUGCUCAUCUGCGUGUCACCGAUUUGGCAGUGUGUCUGCAGCAGUGCCCCGAAGGAUAUUACGAGAACACUGAGAACAGCACAUGUGUGCCCUGCGAAGCGAACUGCGCGAGCUGCCAGGAUAGGCCGGAUAAGUGCACCAGUUGCGAGCAUCACCUGGUAAUGUACGAAAACAAGUGUUACGCGGCGUGUCCCCUGUACACCUACGAGACGCAAGAUUACAACUGUGCGCCGUGUCAUUCGUCGUGCGAGACCUGCAACGGCACCACCGAGUACCAAUGCAUCUCCUGUCGGCCCGGAUUGUUUUCUCUGAAUGGAACCUGUCGAGCGUCCUGCCCAGCAGGCUUCAGCGCAGACAAGAAGCGCCGAGAGUGCGUGCCCUGUCCACCGGGAUGCGCAACCUGCGCCACAGCGACUUGCACGAGCUGCAUCGACGGCUGGAGCGUCAACGAAGAGGGUCUCUGCGCGCCGGAGCACCGCGACCGCUGCGAUGUCUCCGAGUACUAUGAAAAUGGCCACUGCAAACCGUGCCACACCUCGUGCAAAACCUGCGCCGGGCCCACCAAAGACAACUGCAUCUCCUGUCAGUCCUCGCUGCUGCUCCAAGGGAAACGCUGCGUGUAUCAGUGCGAUGACGGGUAUUAUUCCAUGGCGCAACCCUCGAGACCGGUCUGCGUGCUCUGCUUACACACUUGCAAGACCUGUGUGUCGCGCUUGAACUGCACCGCCUGCCAAGACGGUCUGCAGCUGCAGAGCGGCGAGUGCAGGUCCUCUUGCGCACAAGGGUAUUACAGCGAUCGAGGUCAAUGUGCCAAAUGUUACCUAUCCUGCAACACGUGUUCCGGGCCGAGGAGGGAUCAGUGCGUGACUUGUCCUCGCGGUUGGCAAUUAGCAGCGGGAGAAUGCCACCCCGAGUGUCCCGAAGGUUUCUUCAAAUCCAACUUCGGCUGCCAGAAGUGUCAUCAUUACUGCCGCACCUGCAAAGGGGAGGGGCCUCUCGAGUGCACGUCCUGUCCCCAGCACUCCAUGCUGGAAGGCGGCCUGUGCAUGGAGUGUCUCGGCGCGCAGUAUUACGACCCCCUGACGCAACUCUGCAAGAACUGCCACAGCGACUGUCGAAGAUGCACGGGCCCCGGUAAAUUCAGCUGCGCGGCCUGCUCGCCGCCUCUGCACUUGGACAAGUUAAACAAUCAGUGUGUACCCUGCUGCACUGGCAACGAGAAGGGGCCGCAGGCUGAAGAGUGUUGCCUCUGUGAUCCUGAGACUGGCGGCUGCAGGAACAGUUCACCAGCUGGCAAAAGGCGAGUGCCCGGGACAGAGUUCGUUUCAGCUGACACGUCCAUUUCGGAGGUGUACGCACAUUACGAGGGAACAGCGAGCGAUAAAAGCGAUUCAGCGUCACUGGCCAUCACGGCGACCACCACCAUAGCCGUGGCCAUUUGUCUGGUGUCCGUCGCCUUGUUCGCGACUAUCUUCAUCGCUCUUCAGACGAUGUCGAGUAGAAGAGAAGCGAACAAGGGUUACACGCAGCUGGCGAUGAGGGUGGAACCUCCGGACGAUGUUGACGCGGACGACACGACGGAGCUGAUGACCUAGACCCACAAAUCAAGCCCAGCGAUGACAGGACCUCUCGUCAAAGAGUUUGACGAAGGUCGACCAGUCCCGAUCACGACAGAUCGACGCGUUUGCGUGGCGUCCACAGCCGAAGAGCGGUCCAAGUGAUUCGUGGCAGAACAGGAAGGAUUACCAGCAACCAGCCGAAGAGAACAUAAGGUAUAUAAAUCGAAGAGGAGGAAUCCGUUCGAGGAAACAACGCAGAGAGGACAAAGGAACAAGAAAAUUCGAAACGUGAUAGUAAACUUUCUUUUCGCACUGUACGAAGUGUGGCUGUUCACUUAAUUGAUAGUGCGGUUGCGUGCGCGUCCGUGUGAAUGGUGAACGAGAUGUCUAGGUGCGAGUCUUUUCCGAGCGGUCAGGCGCGUCGCUGAUCCUUUCGAACGCCGAAUAACUGCGAUGGAACACGAGAGCGAGCGAGCGAGAAGGGUAACGGACAUUAUAAAGUGCCUGAUCCACAACACCCUCACGACCGCGCUUCCGUCUGCCCAUUUUUACAACCUUUUAUCAGGACCACGUCGAGCGACCGAGCAAAUCGCGUCUCGAUCGGCGAUAUCAGGGGAACCGGACCGCGGAUGUGUCGUUCAGCUUCGAAAUUCGUUGGUUCGUUCGGACGUAUUAAUAGAAAGUAUUCAUUAACGUUACACUAUGGGAAAAUGGUAGCGAUAGGGGGCGGAAAUAGGAAGACGGAAACGGCGAACGGGAAAUCGACGGUACGGAUAGAGUAGACACCUUUCCCCUCGCGACAGAGUUUGUACAGAUUCGUUCUCGCGCGGCGAGCGGCCCGACGCGUGUAUUCAGUCAUUCCGUCAUUUUCAGUCAGCGAAUGUGCAUUUUUAUAACUGUUUGUUGUUAUUGCUGCAUUGUCUAUGUGUUUUGUUUUGUUUAGUGGACUACGUGUUUUCGCGUUCCUCCCGCUUCGUUCUUUGUUUUAUCAAAUGGGGGAAAAUGAUGAUGAUGUAACGGGGUUGAGAGAGGAAUCAGAGAUUGGAGGAUAGGAAACGAAUUCUAACGCGAUCGACACGCGAAAGCAGUGAAUCGGUACCUUCAGGAGCUACUGUCCGCGCCUACCGUGUGAAUAUUGAAUUUCUCCUCGUGAUUUGAUAUAAAGCUAUUAUUGUACUUUUAUGAUGAACGCGAUUAUAAAUAUAUACAUAUAUACAUAUAUAUAUAUAUCUAUAUACACACAUACUCAGGCGUUUAAAUAUAUUCUGAGUUCGUGUUCCCAUUGAAUUGUCAUUGCUGCGUUUCCCGCUUCACUGUCUCCAUUUAUCCACAGCGCUGCCUGCUCUCGUCGUCAGCUGAGGUAAAUACCUUUUUAAUUAUUUGUCGUUGCGGAUAUGUAUAUUUAACUGUUUAUCUUGAAAGUGGCAUUCAUUCUUUGAAAGUUGUGAAGUUUUUUGAAGAUUAGUUGUAAUUGUUAGAAUUCUAGGUAAUGUUUUUUUAAUGGUUUCUUUGUCUUUGUUAAGGGUUGAGCCACUUUCAAAAUAAACUGUUCAAUAUGAUUGAUUUAACACAGAUUUGUAAGCUGGUUUUGUUGGAAUAGGGAAGCAACUGUUAACUGUUGAAGACUAAAACGCAUUUUUGUGAAGAGUAACUAGUAUUGCCAGAAUAUGAUGGUCUCUUCAUCUUUCUUUAGAAGAUUGAGCCACUUUCAAGAUAAACUGUUCAAUAUGCUUGUAUUUAUCACAGAUUUGUAAGCUUUUGUUAUAAUAGAGAAGCAAUUGUUAACUGUUGAAGAGUAAAACGCAUUUUUGUGGAGAGCAACUAGUAUUGCAUUUUUCUAGUUUUCUAACGCCUUCGAUGGCAUUUGAAGGUAGAGAAAAUAUUUGUAUUAAAGUAUCGAAGAUUUGGAACAGACAUGUAAUCGAAAUUAAACAUUGCAAUU